AUGAGUCGACAGUGCUACACCUCCAGCUCCCUUAUGGGAAGACGGGGCUUCUCCUCCGCCUCUGCAGUCUGUGGCCUUGGCCGGGCCAACAGCAGCUCAGCCUCUGUCUGCCCGCCGGUGGGACGGAGAUGUGGGAUCGGUGGCUUCAGCAGCCGGAGUGUCUGCGACCUGGGGAGAGGGCAAAGGAUUUCCUUCGGUGGGAGCUGCCGCAGCGCUGCCUACGGUGCUGGCGGCGUUGGACGUUGUGGCGUGACUUACGGUGGAGGCCGCUUUGGCGUGGGCACCGUCAUGGGGUUUGGUAACUGCGGAGGCUACGGGGGUCUGGGCAGCUACAGAGGUCUUGGGGACGGCGUGGCCAUGGGAGGCUUUAAUGGUGGCAUUGGCAUCGGCCUCGGCGGAGGCAGAUCCGAGGGGAUUCGAGGCGUCAGCAUCCACCCAGAGCUCCUCAAGCCCCUCUGCGUGGGGGUCGACCCCGAGGAGUGCCAAGUGCGGACCCAUGAGAAAGAGCAGAUCAAGAACCUCAACAACCAGUUCGCCUGCUUCAUCGACAAGGUGCGGCUGCUGGAGCAGCAGAACAAGGUGCUGACCACCAAGUGGGAGCUGCUGCAGCAAUACGUCCUCCCAGCCUCCCGCAGGAACCUGGAGCCCGUUUUCGAGAACUUCAUCUGCAACCUGAGGAAGCAGCUGGAGUGCGUGCUGGGGGAGAGGGAGAGGCUAGAGAACGAGGAGCGGUGCCUCAGGGACCUGGUCCAGGAGUACAAGUGCAAAUACGAAGAUGAGAUCAACAAGCGCACGGCUGCGGAGAACGAGUUUGUGGUCCUCAAGAAGGAUGUGGACUGUCUCUACCUGACCAAGGAGGAGCUGGAGGUGAGGGUGGGCCUCCUGCGGCAGCAGCUGGAGUUCCUCAAGUGCAUCUACGCCGAG